CCAUACAAUUAACAAAAAUGGCUGUUCUUUCUCACCCUCUCGUUCGAGAUGGAUGGUUCCACGAAACAAACUCUCAAUGGCCCGGUCAAGCUAUGAGCUUGCGUGUUCGCCGUAUUUUACACACCGAAAAGUCGAAAUUUCAAGACGUUUUAAUCUUCGAAUCAACUGAUUACGGAAACGUUCUCGUCUUGGACGGUGUCAUUCAAGUGACCGAACGUGAUGAAUUCUCUUACCAAGAGAUGAUCGCUCACUUGCCUUUGGCCUCUCACCCAAAUCCCGAAAGAGUUCUGGUCAUCGGAGGUGGUGACGGAGGUGUUUUGCGUGAAGUUGUCAAACAUGACAGUGUCAAGGAAGCCGUUUUGUGCGACAUUGAUGAAGCUGUUCCACGACUUUCAAAGACUUACUUACCAAAAUUGGCUGCAGGUUUGACUCACCCAAAGAGCACAGUUCAUAUUGGAGACGGUUUCGCAUAUUUGCAACAACCUGAAAACAAAGGUGCAUUCGAUGUUAUCAUCACAGACAGUUCCGAUCCAGUCGGUCCAGCAGAAGCUUUGUUCCAACCUCCUUUCUUCAAACUUCUCAAAGAAGCAUUGAAACCUGGAGGUCACAUCUCAACACAAGGUGAAUGUCAAUGGAUUCAUUUGCCUCUCAUUCGCGAAUUGCGUCAAAGCACAAAAGCAUUAUUCCCAGUUGCCGAAUACGCAUACACUACGAUUCCAACUUAUCCAUCAGGACAAAUUGGUUUCGUUGUUUGCUCUUUGGACGCUGAACGUGAUGUUCGUCAUCCUUUGCGUGAUGUUCCUGAUUGCAAUUACUACAACGCUCGCACACACGUUGCAUCUUUCGUCUUACCCGAAUUUGCACGUAGAGUUGUCGAAGAUGGUGCACCAGCUCCCCCACCAACCAUUGCAUCAGGUGACGGAUCAGCAAACAAGACUAAACGUGACCCCAAAAAGAUCUUGUUGAUGGGAAGUGGAUACGUUGCACAACCUUUCGGUGACUAUAUGCUACGUUACCCUGAGUACUCAGUCACUGUUGCUUCGUCUCGCAUCGAAAAUGCACAAAAACUGGCUGAUGCUCUUGGAGCUCGUGCUACCGCUCAAGCUGUUGAUGUCAACGAUGCUGCAUCUUUGGAACAAGCAAUCUUUCAGCACGAUAUUGUGAUCUCCUUGAUCCCAUACACCUAUCAUGCCAACAUUAUCAAGGCAGCCUGCAAGCACAAAGUUGACGUUGUCACAACAAGUUACGUGUCCGACGCAAUUCGUGAACUUGCACCUGAAAUCGAAAAAGCAGGUAUCACAGUCAUGAACGAAAUCGGUUUGGACCCUGGUCUUGACCACUUGUACGCUGUUAAGGCCAUUGAAGAUAUUCACAGAGAUGGCGGUAAAGUGAAGUCAUUCUUGUCCUACUGCGGUGGAUUGCCAGCUCCUGAAGCAGCUGAUAACCCAUUGGGAUACAAAUUCAGUUGGUCUUCAAGAGGUGUAUUGUUGGCGUUGCGUAACACUGGUAAAUUCUACCAAGCACCUCACAAAGAGCCACAAGUGGUCUCCGGUGUUGAUUUGAUGAAGAGUGCAAAGCCAUACUACAUCAACCCAGCAUUCGCCUUUGUUGCUUACCCCAACAGAGAUUCUUCUCCUUUCCGUGAAUGGUACAACAUUCCCGAAGCUGAGACUGUAAUCCGUGGUACACUUCGUUAUCAAGGUUUCCCAACCUUUAUCCUUGCUUUGGUCAAAUUGGGCUUCUUGGAUGACGGUGAUGCACACAAGGAUUGGUUGCGUGCUGAUGCAGGAUUGUCAUGGGCCGAUGUGACUGCUAAAUUGGUCGGAGCAAGCAAUGCAAGUGAAUUGCACGCUGCCGUCUCCUCAAAGGUUCAAUUUGCCAAUGCAGAUGAAGAACAACAAGUUUUCAACGGAUUGCGUUGGUUAGGAUUAUUGGAUGCAAACGUAAAGGCAACCGUUCGUGGCUUGCCUGCUCAAAACAAGGCAGGAUACGGUAACCCAUUGGACACAUUAUGUGCUACAUUAGAAGAGAAGUGCAAGUACGAAGCAGGUGAACGUGAUAUGGUUAUGUUGCAACACCGAUUCGAAGUUGAAGCAAAAGAUGGAUCUCAAAAAGUUUUAACAAGUACUUUACUCGAUUACGGUGUGCCAAAUGGAACAACAAGUAUGGCUAAAUUGGUCGGUGUUCCAUGUGCUGUGGCCACACGAUUGAUCUUGGAAGGCAAUUCGGCAAUCAAACAAAAAGGUAAGAUUGUCGCUCCUUACACAUCAGCAGUAUGUGAUCCUAUCCGCUUAGAAUUAGAGAAGGAAGGCAUCGUCUUGCAAGAGAGAUACCUAUAGAGAAUCCCAAAAUUGUAAUUAUGCUUCAUUUGUAGCGUUGCCGAAGUGAGAUGAUGAAGAAAAAAUCAUGUGAUUUUGCGAGAUACAAUAU